UGGUUACCGCAGUCCGCGUCGGGGUAACGGGGCGGGCGGAGCUCUGUGGCGCAGCACGAUGCUGGUGUUAGUACUCGGGGACCUUCACAUCCCGCACCGAUGCAGCGGUCUGCCCGUGAAGUUCAAGAACCUGCUGGUUCCAGGAAAAAUCCAGCACAUCUUGUGCACGGGAAACCUCUGCACCAAGGAGAGCUAUGACUACCUCAGAACUUUGGCUGGGGACAUUCAUGUUGUUAGGGGGGACUCUGAGAGUCUGAAUUAUCCUGAACAGAAGGUUGUAACUGUUGGGCAGUUCAGAAUUGGGUUGAUUCACGGCCAUCAGGUUAUUCCCUGGGGUGAUGUGGCCAGCCUGGCACUGCUACAGAGGCAGCUGGAUGUGGACAUUCUCAUCUCAGGACACACACACAAAUUUGAAGCAUUUGAACACGAAAAUAAGUUCUACAUCAACCCAGGGUCAGCUACAGGAGCCUACAGUGCUUUAGAAACGAACAUUAUCCCUUCAUUUGUACUGAUGGAUAUCCAGGCUUCCACGGUUGUGACCUAUGUAUACCAACUAAUUGAGGAUGAUGUGAAAGUGGAAAGGAUUGAGUUCAAGAAAUACUGAUGCAUCUUUAAACCUGCUUGCUAACUUCAUGCUGCCUCUGUCCUUCUCUUUCCAGUUUAAAUGGGGACAGGCCACGGGGGGGUGCUGUUGCAGCAGCAUGUUUGGUUGUAAAUGGACUGCAACAUUAAUGAUGGUGAGCUCGCAAAGCGUAGUCUUGGUUCGUGAUCGAGGUUUGAAGCAGAAGAAACUUGAUUAGCUCGUCAAAAACAUGCUGUGUCCAAGAAGCAGGUGCUGUGCUCCUGGCCUGGAGAGGUAGAAAGGGUGGUGGUAGCUGGGACAGAACAUAUGUAAAAUAAGCAUAAAUAAACCUAUAUUUUCAUGUGA